AUGUUAUUACGUUAUUUGCUUAUUACCAUCAAAUUGAUGGUAAUUUUUGAACCAGAUAUCGACGAAUGCGAGUACGAGCCUUGUGACGACAUAUGCGUGAACACCCCAGGCAGCUACUAUUGCUCUUGUGGAAAUGGAUAUUCCUUGAACCUCGACGGUAAAACAUGCGCUGACAUCGAUGAGUGCAAAGUAAAUCCAAGAAUUUGCAAUGGAGGAAAGUGCACCAACACUAUCGGAAGCUAUAUCUGUCAUUGCACCGAAGGACUGUUACCUGGACCCGGAGGAACAUCUUGUGUAGAUAUCGACGAGUGUAAGCAAAACCCAAACAUCUGUGGAGCUGGUGAAUGUGUCAACACACUUGGAUCGUUCCAUUGUCGAUGUGAAGAGGGAUAUUCUGUUAAGCCUGAAGGAGGUCCUCAAUGUACUGACGAAGAUGAGUGUUACUUGGGAACAUACAAUUGUGAUGAAAAUGCUGAUUGUAUCAACAAUCCAGGUUCUUACCAAUGCCGCUGUCAAGACGGUUUCACCGGCAACGGCCUGAACUGUCGCGACAUCAACGAAUGCUUGACGAACAACGGUGGGUGCGACCAAAACGCUCAAUGUAUCAACAGCGAUGGAUCCUUCAGGUGCGAAUGCGAUGCCGGCUUCAAAGGAGAUGGUUAUAGCUGCGAAGACGUUGACGAAUGCUCGAAUGACCCUUCCCUCUGCGAGAACGGGCAGUGCUUGAACUACCCGGGGUCUUUCAGAUGCGAGUGCGAGAUGGGGUUCAUGCAUCCGAACGAGGGAAACGACCAAGCUUGUGUAGACAUCAACGAAUGCGACAUGUUCGGCAACCUGUGCGUAUUCGGCAAAUGCGAGAACACUUUCGGAAUGUUCCGAUGCGAGUGCCACGACGGCUACAAGUUGGACGGCUCAGGAGGAAACUGUACGGACAUAGACGAGUGCGAAAGCCCUCAGUCCUGCCUCUACGGGGAAUGCCUCAACACCGAGGGAAGUUUCAAAUGCGUCUGCCCCCCGCACUACGAACUCGUCGCAGAGGGAAAUGCUUGUAUAGACAGAAGAACAUCCCGGUGUUUCCUCCACUACGGGGGCCCAGGACAUUGCACGGACCCUACAGCAGACUACGUGACCAAAGCAGGAUGCUGCUGUUCAGUGGGCCAAGCAUGGGGCCAAGGCUGCGAGGCAUGUCCCCAUCCAGACAGCGUCGAAUACGCACAACUUUGCCCCGGGGGUAUGGGAUACAAACCGAAUGCUGUCACGGUCGUACUAGAGGAUAUAAACGAAUGCGAAGAACAUCCAAACAUCUGCGAAAACGGGCACUGUACGAACACAUUUGGCAGUUUCAUGUGUUCUUGCAACGAAGGUUAUAGACUCGACGUCACUGGGUUCAUGUGCGUUGACAUCAACGAAUGUCAGGAAAAUCAGAACAUCUGCAACGUAGGACAGUGCAUCAACGAACCAGGCAAAUACUUUUGCCAAUGUCCUGAGGGAUACAUGCCUAUGCCUGGAAGACGUGAAUGUGUGGAUAUGAGAAAGGACCUGUGCUUCUUGAACUACAGCAGAUGGAGAUGUACGACCCCAAUGACCCAAAAUCAAACCAAGAAAGUAUGUUGUUGCUCUAUGGGUCAAGCGUGGGGUCAGCCUUGUGAACCAUGUCCUCUGGCAGGCACCAACGAGUAUAUAGGUCUUUGUGGAGCUAGACCAGGCCAAAUAGUAAAUCCGAUCACGAACGAGACCGUGGAAAUAGACGAAUGUGAAUUGAUGCCAUCCAUGUGCAAACACGGCCAAUGCGUAAACACCCCUGGAAGUUUUGAGUGCAUGUGCAGAAGCGGUUACGUCUACGACGAAAACUCCCAUCAAUGCAUCGAUGACAAUGAGUGUUUGAGGAACCCUUGCGGAGGAGCUGCUCAGUGUGUCAAUUUGCCCGGAAGUUUCGAAUGCAAGUGCCCGGAGGGUUACAAACACGGAUACACAAUGAUGGACUGUGUAGACAUCAACGAAUGUGUCGAGAAGCCAGGCAUAUGUCAAAAUGGAGAGUGCAAGAAUCUCGAGGGAAGCUUCCAAUGUAUUUGCGAACCAGGAUUUAAGCUCACGUCUACAAGAGAUAACUGCAUUGACAUUGACGAGUGUGUUCGUCAUCCCAACAUUUGCAACAAUGGCAGUUGCAUCAACAUCAUUGGAUCGUAUAAGUGUCAUUGCAAUGCUGGUUUUAAGCUGAGCAACAAAGUCGAAUGUGAAGACAUUGACGAGUGUCACAUGAUGCCGUUCUUGUGUAGAAAUGGAAGAUGCAGAAACAACUUAGGCUCUUUCUACUGUGAAUGUGCUACAGGAUAUGCUCUCACUGCUGACAAACAUAACUGCAGGGAUAUCGACGAAUGCCAAGAGACUCCAGGAGCAUGUCCUCCACCCGGAAAAUGUACCAACGUAAUGGGGUCCUUCGUAUGCUCAUGUCCAGAGGGGUACGAACUAAGCACGAUCACUGGAGUUUGUGAAGACAUCGAUGAAUGUAUAGUGAAUCCAGGAAUUUGUGAGAACGGAAUUUGUACUAAUACAGACGGAGGAGCGUUCUGUACAUGUCAGGAAGGAUUCAUUUUGGAUCAAAACUCCAUGAAAUGCAUAGACGUACGCCAAGAGCUCUGCUACGACAGCUACAACAGAGGGCAAUGUCAGAAUCCACGGGGUAUGAGCAUAACAGAGAAAGAAUGUUGCUGUUCUAGGGGUUUAGCAUGGGGAAGACGUUGUGAAAGGUGUCCAGAAGAGGGAACACCUGCUUUCCUGAAGAUGUGCCCUGAGGGUUGGGGCCGCAAGGACACCGGAAGUGACUUGAACGAAUGCGAGCUCAUGGGUGAAGACGCUUGCGAUGGUGGUGAAUGUGUCAACACCGAUGGUUCCUAUAGGUGCGACUGUCCUCCGGGAUAUGUUUUGGACGCUACAGGAAGAAAAUGUCAGGAUGAGGACGAAUGUAGGCACCAACCGCAGAUAUGCGGGAAUGGAACCUGUGGUAAUGUCGUUGGAGGGUUCGAGUGUAGCUGCAAUGAAGGCUUUGCACCAGGACCUAUGCAGGUCUGUGAAGAUAUAAAUGAAUGCCUUGAAAUUGGGAACCAGUGUGCUUUUAGGUGCCAUAAUGUUCCAGGAUCAUUUAGAUGCAUUUGUCCGUAUGGCUAUGCUCUGGCUCCUGACGGGCGACAUUGCACAGAUGUGGAUGAAUGCAGUACGCCGGCCAAUAACUGCAAGUUCAUGUGCAAGAACCUGAUAGGUUCCUUUAUGUGUAUCUGUCCGGAAGGGUACCACCAAGUAGAGUACAGCGAUGACUGCAGGGAUAUCGAUGAAUGUCAAGAGAACCCGAACAUCUGUCAAAAUGGCCACUGCAUCAAUCUGCAAGGUUCUUAUAGGUGUGACUGUUACGAAGGAUUCGAACAUACUCCUGACAGAAAACGAUGCAUCGAUAAGAGGCAAGGAAUGUGCUAUAGACAACUGGUAAAUGGAAGAUGUAGAACUCCUCACAACGAGUUGAAAUUAGCUACUAAAGCUGAUUGCUGCUGCACUAUUGGAGAAGCUUGGGGACCGCAGUGCGAACUAUGCCCAUCGAGGUACUCGGCUCAGUACCAAGAUCUAUGCUUGGAUAGCGGAUUUUUGAUCGAUGGAAAAGAUGUCAACGAAUGUGAAACGAUUCCAGACCUGUGUAAGAACGGCCAGUGUAUCAACACUAUGGGCUCCUACAGAUGUAUAUGCAACAAAGGGUACAAACCCGAUGCCUCUGGGCUCUAUUGCUUAGAUAUCAACGAAUGCCAGACCAAUACAUCUCACUGCCAGUACAACUGUCAGAAUACAGAAGGCAGCUUCGUAUGCUCAUGUCCUUCAGGAUUCCUGUUGAACCCAGAUGGUCUGACAUGUAGGGAUUUGGACGAAUGUACUACCGGUCAACACAUUUGCCAACAAAACUGCAUCAACACCGAAGGGAGUUACAAGUGUUCUUGUGAUAAAGGAUAUACUCAAGUUGGAGACAACUGCCAUGAUAUCAACGAAUGCGAAGAAGCAGGAGUGUGUCCAAAACCGGGAAGAUGCGUCAAUACUUUGGGUAGCUUCAAGUGUAUCUGUCCAAGGGGAUUCAAACUGGAUUCGUCUGGCACUUAUUGCCUUGACGCAGAUGAAUGUCAAGAUGACACCAAAUGUGCCGAAGGAUGCCAAAAUCUUAUUGGUGGAUACAGAUGUGGUUGCCCUGAAGGAUACGUCCUCCACUAUUACUACAACCAAUGUGUGGACGAUAAUGAAUGUCAGAAGAAUCCAUGCGGCUCUGAUGGACAUUGUUUCAACACUCCCGGUAGCUACAGAUGCGGCUGUCCAGACGGAUAUCAGUACGAUGGAAAUUUGAACAUAUGCAUACAGGUAGCAGCAGGCUGUACUGGGGCUCCCUGCGCAUUCGGUUGUACUUCAGCAGGAGCCAGUUACUCGUGCGGUUGCCCUCAAGGCUACCAACGUAUCGGCCAAGGACACUGCUUAUCCACAGUCACUCCCGCGUAUGCCAGCUACAAUCAGGAUAUAGGAGAUGUGCCAGUGUAUCCGAUCGAUGACAGAUACGGAUCAUCGUCUACCAAGCAGGAUAAGCUGAUCAGCACUGAGGGAUGUUUCUCGUGUCGGAUAAACGGCAGACACAGAAGGGCACCGAGACAUCGUAGAUUGGGCCAUUCUGCAGCUAAUGAUACGGUCAACCACGUCUUCAAGCGACAUGGAUCUAAACGGAGAGUCAGAAGACAUCACCAUGGUGAAGAGAUCGAUUUGAAAAUAAAUAUGUCACAGACAAGACAUAGGACGAGGCUACUGAAAUUGCAACCAUCUGUUAAGAAAGAAAUGUUCUACACAAUUGUGCGGGGCAAUGAGAAAAACAAGUUCGAGCUAAUCAAAAAGCACGGAGUUUGGGCGCUUCACUUCAAGCGACGAUUAAAGAAAGAAGCAACAUUUGAGUUGGUUAUUCAUGGAGUACCUGAGAACGUCACAGCUACAGAGAACGAAUCGUAUGAAAAACCUUUGACACUCAGGGUUAAGAUUCAAGUCGUUGCCGAUGAGGCAACAUAAAAGAUUGUAUAGAUAAUUUCUAAUGUUUCAAGUUUUACAAAAAAAGUGGAAAUGUUUUGAGAUUUAUAACCACUGGAACAAAAGAUUCCAGAACUUCGUAUCAAAUACAUAUAAAAAAUGUGGCAAUCCUAAGGAAUAACGAGUGGAUAAUUCAUAUGGAAAUAUGCUUAUCUAUUCAAAACUACAAACAACAUGUAUAUCUGUAUUUCAUGUUUCUUUAAUUCAGAUCUGUUGAGGAACUGUAUUCGGGCAUUUUUUAUUUCCAAGAUUCAAUUAAUGAUGGUCAUAUUUCCAAGCGUUCCAAAUUGUUUCUAUUAUAAAUAAAGGUAAUAUUACUAGACGUUAUCCUGCAGAUGCAAGACAUAGUUGCUUUAAUGAUAACUGCAAACUUGACUAUUUUAAUCGUUAUUUUUGUCACCACGGGAGUGAUCCAAAAAUAUCCCUUUGGUGAUUGCCCUAAAUUAUAGAAAAAAAACGUGGUUAAUGGCCACACAAGUGAAAAUCACUGCCAAAUUUUCUUUUACAAUGUGUUCUUUCUAUUUGUGUAAUGGCAUUAACGUCAGAGAUUCUCAAAUAUUUUACUGCCAUAUUUUACAUGUCAUGUGUGUUAAAAAAUAAGUUGUUCAAAUGAUAAGUUUACCAUCGAUGAGAAUUUCGGAAUAUAGUACAGCCGAAACGUAUGGAUAAUUUUAAAAUCAAAAGUGUAGUUUUAAAGUAUUAUAGGAUAAUGUUUGUAAAUUAGACGCAAUACAAAUUAUAAGUUGAUAGUUUUAAACAUAUUUAUAUGUAGAAUUAAGUAUUUAAUUUUUAGUUACCUAAUGUUUCGUUUAUUCAUUUGUAAAAUAAUUGCUUUUAAUAAAAAACGCCG